AUCCCGGAGCGGGAAUUCAAAAUUUGAAUUUGCGUAACGGUAAAACCCUUAACGGGUGAGUCUAUUCUACCUUCCUUUUCUUUCAUCUCAAAACCUCCAUUUUUUAACCACGAGAGUGACAGAGAGAGAGUUGGGUAGGUUCCGUUUUACCCUGAAAAAUUCAGCGAGAACCAGAAACAUAGAGAGAGAGAUGGCAUCUCUCACACCAGGAAUCCUUCUGAAGCUUCUCCAGUCGAUGAACACCGACACCAAGGUUGCUGGAGAACACCGCUCUGUCCUCCUCCAAGUGAUAAGCAUUGUGCCAGCCCUUGCAGGCACCGAGCUAUGGCCCAAUCGAGGCUUCUUCCUCCAACUCUCUGACUCCUCUCACUCCACAUUCGUCUCUCUCUCUCAUCAUGACGUCGAACUCAUACUCACGAACAAACUCCAAUUGGGUCAAUUUGUCUAUGUCCAAAAGCUCGAGUUUGCUUCUCCCGUCCCGAGAGUCGCAGGAAUCCGGCCAAUCUCCGGCCGACACCCCUUUGUUGGGAGCCCCGAGCCCCUCAUUGCUCGAUUCUCAAAUGGGGGUUUCAUAAUCCAACCAGUCUCAGAUCCAAACCAAUCAAUGGACCCAAUUCUGGCUUAUCUCUCUAGUAAGAGACCAUCUGAUACCAAACCUGAAUCCGAAACUCCAUUAGCAAAGACUGCUUCUCGAUCUGUUCUCUCUCCGCAGGAGAACUUAAUCACCGGGAAAUCAGAGAUCAACAAGGAAAAGAGUGCUGGAAAGUUGGAGAUCAAGCAGGAAAAUAUUGCAGGAAAAUCAGAAAAGAGCGGGCAGUCACCGGCUGUUAAGAACAGAGAGGGCAACCGGCCAGAGAAACGGUCGAUGUCGGCAGGGAAGAGAGAGAAAGCAGGGCGAGACCCAUCACCAAUGAGUGGUAAUGGCAGAAUGGGUGCGAGAUCAAGCUCUCCUAUCCCUUCGAAAUGUGUUGUUCCAAGCCUUGCGAUGGCUCAAGAAGAGAAUAGGAAGGUAGCAAGAGAAGCAGCUAUUGUCGUACCAUCGAGGUAUAGGCAGGCUUCGCCAGUUGGUCGAAAAGUGGGGGCUUCACCAAGUGGGAGGAGGGCAUCAAUCUCCCCAGGGAGGAGGCUAUCAGGCGGUUUCAAGGUUACUCCGAUCGAUUUGGCAAAGAAGGAAGCUCGCCAAAGGCGACUUAUAGCAUCUGCUGCUGCAGCCGAAGCCCUGGACGAGGCCUUUGUUACUGAAUCUGUUGUAAGGAGUUUGAGCAUGUUUUCUGAUCUGUGCUCUUCGUCUAAGUCUAAUAACCCACUUCUCACCAUUGACCGCUUCUUUGCCAUUUAUCCGACCAUUGCAAAAUCUGCAGACAUGGCCAGCACCCUUUUCAUGGCCCGGAACCCCGAUAAGUCACAACAUACCCAAGACUCAAGGCUUGCAUUAUCAUCACUAUGGGUUGAGGCCGCAUUAGCAACUGACAUGGAAAUUAUAUCUCUUGUCGAAAAAUCCACAAUUGACAACUUGCCAUUUUCAGGCAUCCAAUCCCUCAAUGGAAGAUACUUUUCCAGCAGCCCGAACAGAGGAAAAGAGGAGCAGGAAAAGCAUUUUCCCAUGUAUCAUAUGCCGGAUUCCGGUAAGUCUUGGAUGCAAGGCAAUGGGGUGAAAGAGACAGGUGACUUAGCAAAGCUUGUGGUUAGGGAGGCUUGUUUGUGGUUCUUGAGUUAUGUGGAGGAGGCUCUAGGUCGCGGUUUUCCGGUCACCAGAAAUAAGGAUUCUGGCACCAAAAUAGGCUGCUGCCGAGAUGGCAGCCAGGUCGCAGUCAUACUUUCGCAGCUGAAGCGUGUUAAUGAUUGGUUGGACAAGGUGGGGAAGGAGACGAUGGAAGGGGAGCCGUUCGAUAAGAUGACCGAACGGCUGAAGAGGAAGAUCUACGGGUUCUUGAUUGAACAUGUGGAAUCGGCAGCUUCGGCUCUUGAUCUCCAGGCCAACGUUAAGUUGGCUGCUUCAUGAAAAAAAAAAUAUUAGUUUCUUUUUUUUUGUGAUUUCCCAUGCUUUUGAUUUGCUGUGUAUUUGAAUUCUUGUUGAUUUAAAGAUAAUUUUUGCCCUUUAAUGAUAUGUAAAUUAUGGGCUUUAAUGCUUUUUAUUAUACAUAGUUUUGAAAUAAA